GAGGUUUUGCCCUCGUGCGAGUCGGUUAUAGAUUCCGAGCUAUGGCAGACGCCCAGCCAAACUUCUAACCAUUGAACUGUAAUUCAAUCGAACCAUUGUGUUUCUCUUUGGGGGGAGGAGUGUGUUUUCUGCGAUCAAGUGCGAAACAAUAGUUGAAUUUGAAAGGAUAACCCUGUUGUGUAUAUAUGUGUGACUAUUCGGCCAGCUGUACAGAACGUUUAACGGUUGUGCGUCCCCCCCCCCCCUCUUCAACUUAAUUGUAGCCCCUUGGUUUGCGUUUGCAGACAUGAGUAAAUGGUGAAGCACAACAUCUGGGAGGAAAAUACUCUUCUUGAUUUCGACACCCCAGGAACUUCAAACAGUGCUGCGAGGGACAAGCAAUGGAUUUCGUUAUUUUACAAGUCAAUGGCGUGGACGUGUCCAAGUCGUCGCAUGAAGAGGCGCUUGGAGUGUUUCUCUCGGCGUCAGAACCAAUAUUAGUGCAGAUGCUUCGGCGGCCUCCUGGUAGUUCUUCGUCGUCGGAAUUAUCUCCAAUUAAGCCAAAGUCUACCAUAAAAGAAAGCGCCAUUUCAUCUUCCCCGACAUGCAACAGCCAACGGACUUGCUGCCUUCAUGAACACGAAGUUUACGGUGGGAUCAGAAAUAGCGUCCAAGUUCAAACGGACUGGGCAGGAGUGAAUCUACCCGUCUGGAGCGCUAUUGAUUUCUAUCACCAAACCGAGCAACUCGCCGAAAAUGAUGACGUAAUUGAAGAAGAGCAAGAAAUGGAAUACGAGGAAAUCAAAUUGAGACGAACGAAUUCUACGGAUAAAUUGGGUCUAACACUAUGCGACGGUCUGCCAGUAUCACGAAUAAAUUACGAUGAUAAUAGUAAACUGGCGCCAGCAGUGGACGCGGCCAAUUUCAAUGAGAAGAAAGCCACGCCCAAGAUGUAUGUUGAAACAAACGACAACGCUACGGAAUAUGAAGAGGAUGAAGCUUGCGUCGACGAAGACAACAUGGAAAGCGAAGAUAAGGAAGUCUAUAUCCAAGCAAUCGCCGAAGAUAGUCUUGCGGCAGCCGAUGGAAGACUUCUUCAAGGCGAUGUCCUUUUGCAGAUAAAUGGUGUAGAUGUUCGAAAUCGAUAUCAAGCCGAGAACUUGUUCGCUACCACCGGACCUGACCUAACGUUGCUCGUAUCUCGGCCACAUAAUCAAGCUGAUCCCUUGGAUGUGCUGUCUGUAGCUUUCCCUUAUCCUGAGCUUGACGAAGAAUUCCUAGAAGAUGGAGAAUCAGAAGAAGACGUUCAAGUCGAGGGUAACGAGGAGAGAAUAUUGGAACACGAAGAAAAUGAGAAACGCAAUGAUAAAAUGAGAGAAGCUGAAAAUCAACAACUUCAAGCUUUGUACCUGCAGGAAAGGCAUAGCCAUGAAGUCGAAUGGCGUCAGGACAGUGGCUUCGGCACUAGCUCUCUGCCGCGUAGUUCUAGCGAUCUGGAUCCAAAUGAGGGGUCUUUUGAAAGAACUGCUAGAUCGCGGAUGAGUGAUGGAUCGACACCGAGUCAGACAACCGAAGAAAUACAAACAGGCCCGUACACGUCGACAGUACCAUGUACCAAUCAGAUAAACAACGAUAUGACAGCUGAUAAAAGACUGAACAUGGUCAAUAGAAAAAUGGAAUCGUUGGAACUAGAAUGCCUGACUGCCGCCACUCGUUAUUCCAGACGGACGACCCAACAGCAGACAAGAAAACAGGAAAAUGAAAAAGACGAUUCAGAGCACAUUUAUGAAACAAUCUCGGAAUGCUUAGAUCAGGAACCGGUUUAUUCGACUCCCUACGAAGUACCUCCGGAGACAGCCAACGGCAAGCCAGCCACGAGCCAUUCUUUCAGCUCUCGUGCUUGUCGUGGCGUUGCCGAAAGGCCGGCAAUGAAAGAUAAUAUUCCGCUUUCGGGAUCUACCCUAGUCAAGAGCAACGUCCAAUCUUUGUACAGAAAUCAUUGCAAACGUGGGAUGCCACGGUCCGAUCGAGUUGAAAAGACGAACGAUGUCGAGCAGUGGAUCCGCCAAGCAGCCGCCGUAUCUCCAUCGCAACAACUCUAUCCCCAACAGAACGGUUCAGGUGACUCGAAAAAGAUGGCCGACUGGAGAGGUACAACUUCUACUAAAUUGAGCUCCAGCAGUGGCGACUCGAGCGGACGAAAAGAAAAGAAACUCGGCAACGUCACCCAGAAAAGAAUUGCUAACGAAGACGAGAUGAGAAAAUCAACAGUUCGCAAUCGUCAGAAAUCGAAUCAUGCAAGUGUAGGCGAGGAUCGCGAUACUUCCAGUGCCUACAACACUGGAACUGGGGAAUCAUGGCAAAGUGCUCACUUGUCGCAGCCUUUCCAGUUGCCACCUGGACGAACUUCUACGCAAUACGAGCAGUGCCUUUGUUGCCAAAAGAAACCUAACGCAGAAUGGAUGCAAUCGUCUCUCUCUCUUUCUAUAGUCGUCUCGGGUGACCAGCUCGAUCCUGUCUCUGGUUCUCUGAUACCCACCAAUCAAAUAGCUAACAGUGGCCACCAAGCACAUUUGGACCCAUCCUUUAGGGCAUGCACAACUUUAUCCUGCGAAGGUUGUCAGCAGUGUCCCCAUGACCGCACGAGGGAACCACAGCGAAUCAAAAGACAUACUGCUCAACUUGGUGACGUUGGGAAAAGUAGGAUUGUCAAUCGAACCAAAGAGAAUGGCAAUAAUCGCCUGACUCGAAAUGAUAUGACAGAGAAGAAUUGCAAUUACGUCACCAUGCUACCGGCAGCUCGGACAAUGUAUACAAAUGCCGAAAACCUGCAACAAACAAUAUGGUUACAACAACAGAUUUUCCAACAACAGCUACUUCAGAAACAGCAACAACAGUCGGCAGGCAAACGCAAUCUUCAACUUAUGUCCACCAUUGAUGAAGAUGCCAUUCAGACUGGCUCUUUUGGCAAACUGAUGUCCUCGCGAAACGGCCAGGAGCGUUUCAACAGAAAACCAAAUGACGUUUUCGUUUCGGAGCAGUUGCCAGAUCACGAGCGCAAACUUUUAGAGACCAACACCGAAUGGAGGAUGAAGAAACGUGCGGACGGUAGUCGAUACAUAACACGUCGGCCAACCCGAGAAAGGUUAUUGCGUGACCGAGCCCAUCAAAUUUCUGAAGAACGAGCUGGCACAACAACCGAUGAUGACACACUUUCUGAGCUAAAGCUGGGUCGCUAUUGGAGCAAAGAAGAACGUAGGCAACACGUAGAAAAGACUAGGGAGCGGCGUCAGAGACAAGAGGAGCUUAUCCGCUCCAAAAUACAGCCGACUUGUACACUCGUUGACCACUCCAGUGAAAGCCAACGUUGCCCUAACGAACAGAUGUUGCAACUCAGCCAGGCACGUUUCGGCUAUAAAUCCAACCUAAUGAACAAAAUGAACAGAUCAAAACUAAUACCAGAAACUGCAAAGAAUAUACCACCUGGCCUACUAACUGUUACAAUGGUCUAAUAAUCAAACGAAAAGGCUGAACUGUGUCUGCAAAUCUAAGCCAAGUAUCGCAUUGACUUUGUGUCGUUCAUCUCUGCUGUAUAUUUUGUACAGCGCCCUAAUUCAACAAAUGAGGAAUACAAACAUGUUCCACCAA